AUGAAGGGCCUACAAAAUGGGGGGCUAAAUACCCAACCGGAUGAAUUGAGUUUUAUCUCGCAGAAAGUUAAAUCUAUUAGGUUCCUCUACUUUAGGAACCGGGGGUUUUUGUACUUUAAUAUCUUGAGAUCAGACCCGGAAACGAAGAAAUCGGUUUUUGAAGCAGAUGCGUCCAUUAGCGGGCCCCAGACGUCGCCCACUACUGAAGCAGACUUCUCUAGAGAGCUAUUCUACUCCAUGAUGGAUGAUCUUGCCAACAGUGUUUCAUACCAGGAGGCCGAUGAGCAGCUACUUCGGCUUCUCUACGAUUUAUAUGUGUACAUGGAUGUAAAGAAGUUGGCCCGAUAUACGCUUGAAUAUGCCCAAUCUGUGAAUGCAGAAAGCGACGAUAUCAUGAGUUUAUUACCAUUGAAUGAUUGGGCAGAUGACCUAUGGAUAAAGUUUGAAAAAACCGGACUUACAGAGGAAUCCAUUUCACCUAGACUUGCAGAGAGGUUUCUGUUUCUUAAGCCAAUCAAAGACGACCUACAACGACUGAUAUUUAAUAAGCUAGAGAAGAAUACUCUAGAGGUCGCGGUCAAGGAGUCUCCAAAUUGGCUAGACGUCAUUCAAUCACUCAAUCUUGCGUUGAGAGCUGGUCUGGACAAGGAGAAGGUGGCCGAGACUAUCAAAUGUGGCUUGAGACAUGUGAAUCCAUACUCACUUACUGAGUCAAGCAUAGACCGCGUGAAAUUUGUUUUAGCUAAUGUGGAGAAUGAUGAAACUAACCAGAUGGAGGUUGAUGUAAUUGAAGAGGUUCAAGAGGAGGAGCAAGAAUCAAUUAAAGGAGAAGAGGAAGUUGAAAUUCAAGAAACAAAAUCAGUUGAAGAUACAACAACAGAUACGCCAGUAAUUUCACCACUGGUGGUCACGGUACCUGCCACACUUGCCGAGAAAGUUAUUCAUCGAUCUUCCAGAAGACUCAAGCCAGAAGAUGCAGCACCAUAUGAACCCGAUGAUAUUCAGCUCACAAGGCACUACUAUGUUGAGACGGAGGGCUUUUUUGGCCAAAUCAACAAGUUCUUAACCGAAAUAUUCACUCAUGAACCUCCUGCUUUGAAAGAUGUUGUCGCGUACAUCGUUGACGAUCCAGACGAAACCACCCCGCAAUACAUACAAGAUUUUGUUAUGGCACUCAAUGAUUGGGACAGAAAAGUUUACACGCCCAUCAUGUUAACCGAUAAGGCUACUCUGUCUAAUAAUGCUUCUUCGAAAACUGAUGGGGAAAAGCUCAAAUUGAUGGAUGUGCUCACACAAUUUGGCAACCUGUUUGUCUCUGAAACUGACGUCAUCACAGAGAGCUUGGAUGAUUUGGAAGCGCUGGAAAUCACGACAAUUUUAGCUCAAACUUCUGGAAAACAUGUCAAUGAGUUGAAAAUUACAUUGCUUUUCCAUUUAAUUGGUGAUUCAGAAAGAAAUAUCCUCCUCGAGUACCAGUGGAGUACUCCUUUGUUUUGUGCUGUGAGGGAAUGGGUCCUCCAACUCGAAGCAGAGAUAAUGAAUCUGUUCGAGCUCAAGAUUGAGACUCCAGAUGACGUUGACCGAAACAUACAAUUUAUUAUUAGCAUUUACGAGAUUCUUGUUGAUCUAUACAUUGAAACCAAAAGUGAGAUUGACAAGUUUUUUGAGUCUUUGCCAAGGGGAAAAUCGAAAGCAGGUUUGAACGCAAGUUCUUUGGAGCUUAUUCGACUCAACGAAAGAAUAACGAAGUGGCAGAACUUGAUCACCUAUAAGGUUCUCAAUGUUUUCCCCGUUAAAGAAUUGGCACAGCAUCACCUCGCAUGCAUUAUUCGUUAUUACUGGGCUUCUAAUUAUAGACUAGCUGCAAGGAGUUUUUCGUGGAAGGAGAAGAAACUUGUUGUUCAAGACUUGCUGGAGUUGGCUGAUUUUCUCAAGAUUUCUCGCUAUGAUACUAUAAAGAUCUCAUUACCCAACUUUGCCAACUUGGGUGACUUCUCUAAAGAAACUCUACAUCGAAGACUUUCUACUUCCUCCAUCCUCUCUAUCUUUUCUAAGAUUCUCUACAACGAUGACCACCAGAUGGAUGGAAGCGAAGAUACAAUCGAACUUCUUGAAAGCAUAUUGAUAAAGAAUGAUGAAAGUGACAUAUCAAUGGACAAUUCACAAUUGGAUGUCAAUACGUUGGUUGAAUCAGUGAUUAAUGGAAAAGCAACCUUAGAUAAGAAUUCUUUGAGAAGUGUUCAAGACUUUUUGGACGAGUGUCCAAUUGAUCUCAAAUUGAGCCUUUGGAAUAUACUCUUUCUGUACUACGAGGAUAACAGCAGCUUCGAGAAUUUCCAGAAAGGAUUGGAACAAUAUUUGGAUUUUGCUCUCGAAUAUUGGGCUAGUUUCAGGUACAGGGAUAAUAAGAAUAAUCGGAUAUUGUCUUUUUUGGUGUCGCUCAAUUUCUUCAGAAGUUAUCUCAGAGUUUUUCUACGAUACCUCGCGGAACAUAAAUGGGAGCUUCCCUAUCGCGUUUCCAACGAUCAAACCGAUGUAAUUCUGAACUUCGCAAGAAUCUUUGAAAUUUGCUAUGUUUUCAGUCUUCAUGAGGAGGCAGCUUUGAUCACAGGGAAUAAAAUAUCUUUAGGAUACCGAUCUGAAGCUGCAUUUACAACAUUCAAGGACUUUUGCAUUGAAAGCAUGACCAUUAUGUUGGUUUAUUGUGUCACUGAUAUAAGAAGGAAUAAGCUGGACGAUGCUGACAGCUUGAUUACCAAGAUUCUCAGACUCGUGCAUCAGCAGUUGGGACUUAGACGUCUAUGUGAUUCCUCGAAUGGCACGUUCCUCCGAUUUUCGGAAUUCACCCUUGUUGGACUUCAAAAUAAGCCGAACGUAGAAUUGGCUCAACUCCUUUCCUGUCGUUUCCAUUUCAAGGUAAAGGCUUCCGACAUGUAUCCCGUGGAUCAUUACACAACGAAAGUGUCAACUUUGGAUAAGUCCAGUGCAAUAGAAUUGGCAGCUUUUGUUCUUCCUCUUUGCUUCAGAGAGAAUCCAAUCCUCAAGGUGCCUAGGAACGACAUGAAGCAGGUCCUUGAUGAUCUAAUGGAAGUCAUCGGAGACCCGGAUAUUGAAGGAAACAGUUCAUUGGUGCACAACAACGCAACACUUGAGAAGUUCAUUGAUACAAGCACACUAACUGCAAGGUUUAUUAAGGAAUGCUUCUACGGUCUUACUUCCAUUGAUUUUAUAAAACCUGAAAAUGACUCCAGUGCUGCAAUAGACGGGCUCUAUUUCUUGCAAGCAGUCACUAUGUUCAAUUCUUAUAAGAUCCGGAAAAAGUCAGCACAAAGCAGAACCGUUGAGUUGGAGAGGAUAAUUCGCCUAUUGAAAGACGACUUAAUGUACUGUAGUAACAGAAUGGAAAGUUGGCUCUUACUCGGUCAGGCAUACGGUUAUAUUGUGGAAGAUGAUUUGAUAUGGACGUCUGAUAAGUUGAACAUAAUCGACAGAAAGGUUGUCACAGCUAACCUUCAAAGGAAAUCACUCGUCUGUUAUAUCAUGGCCAUUAAUACCUUAACUCAACAAGGACCCACGGAUAUCGAAAGCACCAAUUCGGUAAUAGGAAUUUUGAUGAAUUCUUUCGUGAAAGAAUUGUAUGGUGCUGUUCAGACGCCAAUGGAAAUGAUCGCUUUCAAAGUCCGAGAUACUUACAAGUUCGUCCGCAAAAGAAACCAAACUAUGUUCCAAACGGUCUCAGAUAAGCCAACCGUUCCGAUUAAGUUCUGUUUCAAGCUUCUGUUGCGAUGUUUGCAAAUUGCGAUCAAAUCAAAUCCAAAUGAAUGGUCCUCAUACUAUUAUUUGGGUAAAGUGAUGUCCAAGCUAAAUAAAAAGCCAGAGGAAGUGAUUGAGUGCCUCUUGUCGUCAUGCAAAUUGUGUCAAGCCCAAGGUACUACCGCAGACCCUCUUUUGGAGGCUUCGUACAAGGUGGUGACUUUAUUGUACAAGUACGUCAAGGAGAACAAGCUAAGCGUUGAAGCCGCAAUAAGCUACUUGAAGCAGGAACCUCUCCUGAAUAUGCAAUUAGAAGGUGAAUUUCCUGACAAGCUCCUGUUCUACAAGGCGAUCAUCUCAACUCUACAGAAAUUGAUCAGCUUGGAUAAAAAGGCCUGGUACCACAAGCCAUGCUAUAGAAUGGCGUUAAUUGAAUAUGACGAGUUUGAUGACUACAAGAAGGCAAGGGAAAUCAUGAACAAAUUCUUCUCCUUAAAGGCUUCCAACAAAACGUUUCUUCAAAUGUGGAAGCCAGAAAAUGAACGGCCAGGCAAGCAUUUUGUGUACAUGUUCCAGUACACACAAUUCUACAUCAAGAUGUUGAGAAGAGAACUUGAUUUGUCGUCCUUAAUUCAGAUCCUUCCAAAGUUGAGGAAAGCAAAUUCAACAAUGGUGCUGCUUUAUUUCGCAUGGGAGAAUAUCACUUCGUCCAUUUGCAAAUUGAUUAGAGUGAUUGCCCAAGUGGAAGACAACUUCGUUGAGAUGUUCUUGUUGAAACAUUCUCAUUCUUCCUUCAUGACAGACGCCAAGAGCGUCGUUGAAAAGGUAAAAGAGUGCGGAAUACCCGACGAACAGAAGCCUCUUUUCUGUUAUCUUCAAGUAGUGAACGAGAUGAGAAAAUUGAACAACGGAUUCGGACCGACUUCCUUAAUUGACGAUACAAUCUGCGCAAUUUUCGUCAAGAUCUUCAAUGGAACCUCCAAGCCGGAAAAAGUGCAAGAGACAAUCGACUUGACUGUACGUUUCAAAAAACUUGCCAAAAGAGAUUUGUUUCCUUUUGCGAAUGAGCUUGUCACAAGAUGCAAGAGAGACGUUGACACGCUAUUGAAGGACGACCCUGAGUUAUUCAACUCGUAUGUUGCAAAGUACAUCGAACACAAGCGAAAUCUCAGCAUGCAAUUAUUCAAUCCAGCUCCCGCUGAGAAUGCUCAAUCUUUAAACAAUAAUGAUGCGUCGAGAGGGAGCAACGAGACCACCAAUGGACAACCAGAACUUCUGUCGUUGUCUAUUUCAAUGGAUACUGAACCAUCUAAUUCACAACCUGCGAUUGACAAUAGGAUUUUGCAGCUCAUUCCUACAGAGCAGACGGGAACUCAACAGAGGAACCAAACAAAUGCUCUGAAAGACGAGGAGGUUGAAAACUUACAUGACAAAAAUAGCAUCGGUGGAACUAAUGUUGAACAAGUGGCUAAUGUCUCCCCUCUUACCACUUCUCCACUUCCGCCGUCAAAAAUCGUUGACGAUACACUUGCUUCACUUACUGUAUCGGGUGUCCCUGAAGUGGUGGUGCAGCCAGUAGCCCCCCAAUUAUCGGAACAGCUUGAAGAUGCAGCCCUGGCCACUACUGAGCCAUCUACAAAGAGAAUAAAUGGAACUGAAAAACUAAAGGGAACAUUGGAACCCAAAAUUCCAGAGCUACCAACACAUGAAACUCCGGAAAGUUCUAAUGAAAAUGGCUCCAUCAAUCAGAGCGUUCUACUACAUGACACACCCUUCCAACCUUCAUCGGAGACUAUAAUUAUAUCGUCACCGGCAGAAACCAGUGAAUCAGUGAACAAAGUUGGCUCCGACUCUAAGGCGAAUAAAAACAAUCAGCAAGUUGACAAAGCGGCCUCCAAUCUUGGUUUAAAGGACACUUCCAUUGAGGGUGACUUUGAGGGUAGUACCGAGGGACUCACAGAUGGGAAUGAAUCUGACAUCAAUAUCAAUGACUACAUUGAUGUAGAAUCCGAUUCUAAUUUUGGAACUAACCAAGCUGAGGCAAGCUUCGAAUCGAUUGAUGUCGAUAAAAAUGAUAAAGACGCCUCAGGUGUGAUUGAUUCUGCGCAAGUCGGAUCGAAGGCUCAACCAGAAGUAGAAGGGUCGGAAACAAAGAAACCCUCAAAUACUGAUACUUCUGCUUCGAGCAACUCAGAACUGACGCCAACAAACUCAGUUCGUGUUGAGGUUGAGAUUAUUAGUGAAGGUGAAGAAGGUGACAUAACAAUCUACGCUGAUGCUGUGGAUACCACCCAAAAUGCUGAAGAUGCUCCAGUGAGUGUGUCAGCUGGCAAAAAGCGAAAGUCUGUAUCAGAGCCUUCUAUAUCUAAGAGAAGAACUCGAUCAGGUAAAUAG